AAGGAGGAAAGCCCUCUCCCCAUCACACAGCUGGCCCCGGCGCGUCUCAACUUUCGGGGGCCGGCGGGGUCCUAGCGCCCUCUGCCGAACGUUCCGGCCCAGGGCAGAAGCGAUGGAGGAGAAGGAGACGCCGGCAACGGAUGGCGCGGGGGGCAGAAAAGACGAGGAACCGCUGUCGACGCCUCCCGCUCCGGCGAGCGGCCCCGAGGAAGAAGCGGAAGACUGCGGGGGGCUCUGGGAGCUUCCCGUGGAGCUCAGCGCGCGGAGGCCAGAGUGCGGCCGUUGCGGCCGUCCUGAGAAGGUGUGUUUGUGUCCAUUCUUGCCAGUCCACCCACUGAAAGUCUCCACCUGUUUGUAUAUCAUCCAGCAUCCAGCAGAGGAAAGUAGAGUACUACGGACUGUUCCUCUUCUGGCUGCUUGUCUACCUGAAGAAAAAUGCAAAGUCUUGAUUGGUCGUCGCUUCAGUGAAGACAGGUACCCUGAGCUGGCAUCUGUGUGCAGAAAUAAAAAUACCUUAAUAUUAUAUCCUGGAGCUGGAGCAGCAAAUUUGGAAGAGGUCGACUUGAGCUCACCUGAUCCCUAUGUGAUCAUUAUCAUUGAUGGAACAUGGAGCCAGGCCAAAGAUAUAUUCUUUAAGAACACCCUUUUUCGAAUACCUAAACAGGUGCAGCUGAGAUCUAGCCUUUCAAGUCAGUAUGUAAUUCGUACCCAGCCUACAAAUGCAUGCCUGUCAACACUUGAAUGUGCAGCUAUUUCCCUGGCCAUCAUGGAGAAGAAUGAUGGUAUUAAAGAAACUGUCCUCCGUCCUCUUCAAGCCCUGUGCUCUUUCCAGCUUCAACACGGCGCCCAAGUUCAUCACAGCAAGGAGCACCUUCUUAAAAAUGGUUUAUAUGACAAGCCCAUGCCAAAAAACAAACGCAAGCUCAGAAGAAUGGAGCUCUUAGUGAAUAAUGUUAAAAUUUAGCAAUGUCAUGUAGAAUUAGAUUUAUUUUUUUUAAAAAAAGAAAGAAUCCUUUAAAAUAAUGAAGUGGAGUUUGAUAAGGAUUUAAUCCAGACAAUCAUCUCUUUUGAUAAUGGACAAAGUUCAGGUGGCAACUUGCCAAUGAGUUCAAACAUUAUAAUAAUAAUGAAAAGCAGAAUGCCUGGACCAUCAGGGAAUAAACAAGAGAUAUCCGUCCCCCAUACUCUCACCCCUGUUUAUCAGUCUGUGAUCUUUAGUAUGACUUCUUAAAAAAAAAUUAUGGGAGGCUUUUGGCAUCACUGCACAAGGAACAUAAUUUUUUACAAGGCAGCGGUUAGAAGAGAAAUUUCCAGUAUGGGGAUUUUGAUUUUCAUCAGCAGUGGGAAUGAAAUAAUAAUUUUAACAUUUUUUCCGUUUAAUUUCUUGUUCUGAUUAAACAAUAUAUCAUAUAAACCUUUAUGUCCAGUUCACAUUGCGGGAUGUUGGUAAGAACACACUAGCAAAUGUGAUCAUUGGAGAUCAAGUUAUUUUGUCCUGUCACUCAUGAGAGCAAUUACACACUGCAGUACACUUGUAUGUGAUUAGCAUGUACAUUGUCAAGAGAGAACUCAUCUCCGAAACAUGCAGUGGAUGUGAGCUAGGAAGCUGCAGCCAAUUAUAGAUCAUGAUUAGGGAGGAGAGAGCUUAACCAUGAUCAGGCAACACACUAAGCCAGUGAUGGCCAAACGUGGCCCUCCAGCUGUUUGGGGACUACAAUUCCCACCAUCCCUGACCACUGGUCCUGUUAGCUAGGGAUGAUGGGAGUUGUAGUCCCAAAACAGCUAGAGCGCCAAAUUUGGCCAUCACUGCACUAAGCCAAAUCCUGGUUUAGCUGCCGCACUAAGCUAGAAGGGAACAGGGAGCAGCAAAGCAGGUGCAAACCUCACUCCAGGAGCCUGCAUGCUUCUGCAGUCCUGAUCAGCCAUAGCUUGGCUUUCUGUGAGUUGCAAACUGUGUUUCCCACAACCUGGCCACAUGUAAUCCAUGCUUGAAGAACCUCACAAUGGGAUUGCUACAAUGCACUUUACAUGAGCUACCAUUGAAGACAAUCUGAUAGCCUCACCUCAUGCAAAACACAGCUAAUGCAAAACAGCCUAGCUGUUGAGCAAGUCAGCUAGAUGGGACCAGGAGGCACUGAUCCUUAAAGCUCUUCACUGCCCAACUUUGACCUACCAGGAAAAUUUAGGACAUAGAUACAUAAAAAAAGCUGAAGGAGCAUCUCCCCAAUAUCUGCUAGCCUGUGUUCUUAGUUUGAAAAGGUAAACCACCGUGAGGUGCAAAUAUAUGUAUAAACAACCUUCACAUAUACAAGGAGAUUCAAAAAUGUGUGCAAAAUCUCAUGCUCGAAGUCAUAAAAGUCCUGUAUAACGUGCAAUAAUCAAGUCCGACAAUAAAGUGUUAUGAUGUAUCAUGCGUUCUUAUCUCUUCCCAUAUGUUCUUAUCUCAUCUGACGGGUGGCCAGCUUCUCCGUUUCACAGGAAUGGUUUCCUCAGGGGGCGGACUCUUUCAAAGGUUCAUGUGUGAAGGCUUAACAAGACUGCCAAAGCUCACAAUUCUCAAAGAUUGGUCAAGAAGCUGAGAUAAGAACAUAUGGGAAGAGAUAAGAACGCAUGAUACAUCAUAGCACUUUAUUGUCGGACACAUAUAUUUGCACCUCACGGUGGUUUACCUUUUCAUUGUUUUGCCAACAUCACCGUGUUGUCUGUUGUAGCUGCUACUCUGUGUUCUUAGUUUGACAGAUAAGGCCCUCUUCAUGAUCCCACUGGUUGAUAUGGCCUGGGGGUGUGUGUGUCUGAGAUAGGGACUUCACAGUGGUGGCACCCUGACUGCGGAAUUCCCAGGGAAGUGCAGUUGCACCUCACAAUGUUAAUAUUCAGAUGUCGAUUAAAAACCAAUUCAUCUGUGCAUUUGGGCAACAAACUCUCUGGGAUUCCUCAGUUUUGUUAUUAAUACCAAUUUUUAAUAUCGUUUUUUAAGGAUUGUAAUUUUUAGUUAAUUAUUAAUUAUUGACUGUGUUUCUUACGUUGUGCACUGCCCCAAGCUCCUUUAGAAAGAAAGGUGGUAUAUAAGUGUAAAUAAAUAAUAAUAAUAAUAAUAAUAAUAAUAAUAAUAAUAAUAAUAGGUGGUAUCUGACAAAGUAGUUCCAUUAAUGCAAGGACUUUGGGCUCCACAAAGGAACUGUGCCUCACGUCUUUCUUGCACCCCACAUGCGCCACCUAGAUGCAUUCUGGGGGUUCCCCUCAACCCUCCAGAGCACAUUUGGGGGAGGGUAUGUAGGGAGAGAAAGAGGAAGUUCAGUUGCACAAAUGUAAAUCCUUGUGCUGACGGAUAGGGCUGUCUUACCCAUAGGCGCUAGGGGUGUGAGGCACCCAGGCGCCGGGCUCACAGGGGCGCCAGGCUGAGAGUCCGGGGCCCAAGAGUUGAGUCUGGGGAAAAGCCCGCCCGUCGGUUGGAGCACCGCGACGGGCUCUUCUGCUGCUGGCGGCUCUGUGCCGCGAGUUCAGGGGCGACCAAGCCACCGAGAUGCUGAGGCAGCCAGCCGGCUCCACCCUCCUGCACGCCCGGGACUGGGAAAUCGGGGGGGGGGGCUGCACCGGGCGGAUGUUUGCACCCUGGUGCCACAUCUGCUUAAGACAGCCCUGCUGAUGGAACUACUUGGUUGGAAACCACCCAAUACUUUUUAGUCAUGUGUCAGGAAUUGACAUUUUAUAGCAAUGUUACUAUUGUAACACAGAAUGAAUAUGUGGUAGAAGCUGAAGAAGAAUGUCCUGAAUCAAUAAUGUAUGGUUAACUGUAUUUUGUCUAGAUGAAAGAAAUUAAAUCAAUACUGCUGAAAAUAUGGGUUGCAAGGAAGCACUGUUAAUGCCGACAUAGAACAUUCUUACUGUAGAUGUAUCCUGGCUGCAGCAGUUGUUCCUGUGAAAGCAGCAGCAAUUAAUUGAGCUUUGUAGCCAACACUUUCCCUUUUAAUGGAGGAUGCACUCACUUCCUUUGAUUAAUUUUUCCUUGCUUCAGACUCAUCAACAUAGUAGUAUUUUCUUCUGUACCAAAAAAUAUUUUCCCCUCUUCAAGUUCUGAAGAAGAGAGGAAAAUCGAAUACCCUAGAUUCACAAUUAAAAAUGUCUUCGUAUUAUUAGUCAAAUAACCCCUUCCAUUUAUAAUACCACAGUGUGAAUUUUUAUUAAAUGUGGAUUAAUGUUUCAUGUAUAUGAAAGAGGUCUGUUUUUGGCACCCUUUGCAAGUCUUCUUAAUACUUUAGUAUGUUUUUACUCCUUUGGAACCACUCAAAAGAAUGCUUUGUAUAAUGAGAUCAUUUGGAAUCUCAAUCUUCUAAUUUUGUUGAGGGUUUUGUACAUUUAGAAGUGGUGCUGUUCCUGUUUGCCACAUAGAAUGUAGCUGGAUCAGCUUUGUUCUUUGUCUCUGUUCAGGGAAGCUUUUAAUGUGUGACAUUUUAAUGUAUUUUUAAUCUUUGUUGGAAGCCGCCCAGAGUGGCUGGGGAAACCCAGCCAGAUGGGCGGGGUACAAACAAUAAAUUAUUAUUAUUAUUAUUACUGUUGUUGUUGUUUCUCCUCUAAUAAUUAGUUCUAUUAACUUCGUCUUAUAUCCAUGUUUAUUAGAAGUAUAGCUCACUGGUUGCUACUAUUUUCAGGAAAUGUUGAACUGCUUUUCAGUUUAUAAGUUACUAGCAGCCUUAUACACAGCUUGGUUGGGAAAUUCUAAGAAACAAAAAAUAAAUAAAAAAUGAGUGCAGUUGUGAAAUAAGUGGUCAAAAUUGGUGCAGUUUUGAAAGGUUCCUUCCUCCAUCUUGAUUCAAAAUGGCAUCCAGUUGUAGCCAAAUAUAGACAGAGUUACUGCUCAGUGCACAAAAGGCUCCUUCCAGUCACUGAUGGAACUCUGAUCCAAUUGAGAAUCCUGCUAGAGGAGGGAUAAGGAGCCUGAUUCAAAUUGGGUGCUUGCUGUAGCUCUCUGGGGAACUCUUAAAAUGGCUGAACACAUGCCAAAAUGGCCAAAAUGACUGGAAGAAUCAGAAAUCAGGAAGACCAAAAUUUUAAUAAGUUAUAAAUUAUCCCCAUUCCUUAUCUUAAAGACCAUUGUAAAUCGUUAAAAUCAUUAGUAGGGUUGGAAUAUCACUUGUAGUUUAAGGGUGAAUUCUGGACACAAUGGAGAUGUAAAAGAUUUGGAUCAUCAUAAAAGAUGCAGGAAGAAAUGAUUAAUAAUAAGACCCACAAAGGGGAGGAUGGAAGUGCAGGAGAUUCCUAGGAAUCUUGUUUUUAUGAUCUAUGUUCAAUAUUUGACUGUAAAAUUUUGAUCUGAAAAACCAAAUAAAUUUAAAUAAAAUAAAAUUAUUGAACACACAUAACACACAGCUUAAACAGAUGUAGGUCUAUCAAGAUUAGUGACACAGUGUGUUUUAUGGUUGAUUGCAUUGUCUUCAUUAUUUACAGAAGAGCUUUUGUUCCUUGAGGAGUCAGGCUAAAUGGACAUCUGGGAGACCUGUAUAAGCCUUCCACUUCCUGUAACAGCCUUCCUGGGCAUACAUGGGAAGGGAGAAGUAAUCCAGGCUCUUGUUUCAUAUGUAGCAGGGAUCAUAUCCAUUGUCUGUCCAAAUGUAUUAAGCCAGGCAUCCCCAAACUGCGGCCCUCCAGAUGUUUUGGCCUACAACUCCCAUGAUCCCUAGCUAACAGGACCAGUGGUCGGGGAAGAUGGGAAUUGUAGUCCAAAACAUCUGGAGGGUCGAAGUUUGGCGAUGCCUGUAUUAAGCAAUUUAUUUGUCAUACAAGUUGGUCUUCAGUUUUGCAAUAUCUUCUUUUAGUACUUUGGUUUCUUUCUAUUCAAUUUGUUGAUGACUGUUCCCCAUUUGUUAAGAGAAAAACACUUCAAUCUGGCACUUGUCUUAUUUUAAUUUAUCUCUUUAGUAUUUUUUAUUCAGAAAUUGCAUUGAAAGAAAGCAUCACAAAAGUCUGGACUUUUUACUGAUGGAACAGUUUUAGGGUUUGUGGUAUAAGUUUUCUGAGCAAGGAUUGAGCUCUAACUUCACUUUUCCCUCUGUUCCUCAUUACUGUUAAUUAUCCAAAUGAGAGAACUUACAAUGAAUUAAUGUUGCAUUUGAAUACUUGAGUAAUUUCCUGAUGUUUCUUUUCUGUAUUCCAUAGAUGAGUUUUGUUAUUGCGAGUACAAAUUACAUGAACCUUUUGUCAAAUGUGAAGGCUCGGUGUGUUUCUUUAAAAUGUUCAGAAGUUGCAAUCAAAGAACUGCCUACUUGCAAGUUAUUUUAAGGAGACAAACUUUUUUUUUAAAAAAAAUGCAUUGAUAGAAAACAAACUAAAAAUUGACCUUCAAGCAAGUCUCAUUGUAUUUUGUGGGACUGCUAAGUGGACAUCCAUACAGUUGCACUAGCAUGAAUGUGAUUUGUGAUUAAGCCUACUCCAGAACAACAGUGUGGCUUUGUCGUUCGCCGUUCUGGGGAAGCUGUGUGGAUUUGUUGCCUCUGUACUUGCAACAAGUGAACUCAGUUGUUCCUCUCUCUACCUCCUAGGCCAGUUUUGAGGAUAGAACAGAUUACGUCGUACCUUGGAAGCCGAACUUCAAAAACGUUCGGAAACCAAAGUGCGGCUUCUGAAUGGGUGCAGAAAGCUCCUGAUUGGCCAGUCGGAAGCCCCAUCAAAUGCUCAGCUUCCAAAAAUAGUUUGCAGACCGGAACACUCACUUUCGGGUUUGCGGCAUUCGGGAGCCAAAACAUUCAAGUACUAAGCUGUUCGGAAACCAAGGUACGACUGUAUUACCAGCUAUAUCACCUGGACAUCUUUAGCAGAAAGACAUGGUACUGGUGUGUGGGUGGGUGUUUUAAGGAAUUAAAGAACCUUUUAAUGAGGGUGAAAGAGGAGAACGCAAAAUUUGGUCUGAAGCUCAACAUCAAAAAAACCAAGAUCAUGGCCACUGGUCCCAUCACCUCCUGGCAAAUAGAAGGGUAAGAAAUGGAGGCAGUGAGAGAUUUUACUUUCUUGGGCUCCUUGAUCACUGCAGAUGGUGACAGCAGUCACAAAAUUAAAAGACGCCUGCUUCUUGGGAGAAAAGCAAUGACAAACCUAGACAGCAUCUUAAAAAGCAGAGACAUCACCUUGCCGACAAAGGUCCGUAUAGUUAAAGCUAUGGUUUUCCCAGUAGUGAUGUAUGGAAGUGAGAGUUGGACCAUAAAGAAGGCUGAUCGCCGAAGAAUUGAUGCUUUUGAAUUAUGGUGCUGGAGGAGACUCUUGAGAGUCCCAUGGACUGCAAGAAGAUCAAACUUAUCCAUUCUGAAGGAAAUCAGCCCUGAGUGCUCACUGGAAGGACAGAUCGUGAAGCUGAGGCUCCAAUACUUUGGCCACCUCAUGAGAAGAGAAGACUCCCUGGAAAAGACCCUGAUGUUGGGAAAGAUUGAGGGCACAAGGAGAAGGGGACGACAGAAGACGAGAUGGUUGGACAGUGUUCUCGAAGCUACGAACAUGAGUUUGACCAAACUGCGGGA